AGUAAAAGUGUGAUGUUGAGGAUUUCGAUAGUUUUCCAUACCGCCAUCAACUACAUGACAUUGUCCAUAAUUGCUAAUGUAAUAACCUAGGCUGAUUUUCUUCACUCUAGCCACUCCACCAUGGAAAGAGAAGAAUUCAUUGUCCCACGGGCCAACGUGCCUUCUUUGAAAAGUAGUAAUGGCUGUGUGUUGGUGAUGAGAGCUGAGAAACUUUUCUCGUGUAGCGUUGAAGUUUCGGAUAAUGGAGAUGCACUCGGGGAGUGGGUCACGGUGCUUGGGGAGAAGGAGAAUGCUCGCCGUGCAAUGGACUACAUCUUGGCGGGAUGCGAGGAACAAGAGGGAAUGAAUAUUCCCUUUACCGCUGAUCUCCUUGAUGAGCCGAGUGGGACAUUUUUCGAGAGACUCGAGUACUCAUCGUGCGCUGUUGUCAGUGUCCGCCGUAAUGGAUAUAUAAAUAUCCGCGGUUCGCCUGUUGCGAUGGCAACUGCAUUGUCUAUCAUCCAAUGUCAUCAAGCGGAAAGCAGUGCCAGUACGCCUGUACCUAUGUCCAGCAGUCGUAGCAGUACCAGUACGCCUGUACCUGUGUCCAGCAGUCGUAGCAGUACCAGUACGCCUGUACCUAUGUCCAGCAGUCAUAGCAGUACCAGUGCGCCUGUACCUGUGUCCAGCAGUCGUAGCAGUGCCAGUACGCCUGUACCUAUGUCCAGCAGUCGUAGCAGUGCAGUGGAUACUAGUCCUACAGGUAAGCAUACGCCUAGUCAGCAAGCAGGUGACUCCAAGACUUGUUCACUGGCAACUUCAUCAUAUCAGCCAGUACAUAAUGAUGGUCUCCAAGUACACAGCAGAGUAUCCCAGCAAGCUAGCUCACAAAGUAAACCGCAAUUAGCGUGCAGCUUCUCCAAGCCAUCCAAACCAGUAUCAGCUCGAACUGAAACGGUCAAGCAAAAACCAACAGUAUCACCGUCACCUUCAAUGCCACACUCCUCUGCACAUGCAGUGAUAUCUACACUGUCCUCUACAACUAACCUUUCUCCUAUACAUGUGCAUCCUGCUGCUACUACUACCACUACUUCGGGCACUACUACUGCUACUGGGUCCGGUGCUGUCAGCUCUUUGAUGUUACCGUCUGAUGUUAGUGUAUGGCAAGCCGUCUCAAUAGCCAAUGCUAGCAGUUCUGUAGCAACAGUUUCUACCAGCAGCAUGAACAGGACUAGCAUGACUAACGACGACAACAGCAGUCACGCCAGAAAGCACAAGUGUGGUGCUGCCGAUGCUGCUACUGCUGCUUCUACUCCUACGGUUGUCGGUAAUGCUGAGCGGCAGAGUAUUGCUUCGGCGAGUAGUACACCUGUAGGAAUGUCACGUACCGAUGCUGCCACUUCUACCGCUGUCACCACUGCUGGUCGUGGUGCUGCUACUUCUACCGCUAUCACCACUGCUAGUGCUGCUGCUAGUACUGCAGGUCGUAGUGCUAGUGCUGCUGGUGCAGGGAGUGCAGGGAGUGCAAAGCGCAGCCUGUGGGACAUGUCUGUGUGCAGUACCGGUAGCAGUAGCAGUAGAGCAGCAACAAACAGUCGGAAUACGGCCAGCCAAGUUGUGAAUGAUGAUAUGUCUUUAGCCCUUUCCUGUUUACCAAAGCCAAGUGCGUUAAGUUCCUAUGGUCCUUCUACAACUCCUGGAACUCAAUUCCAAGCUGUGGGAGCUCAUGGUACAUCCAAAUACGACCUCACAACCGCGAGCACAUCAGCAAUGCCGCAUGAUAACAGUGCAACAUACGACACAACAUACUCUGCAGGUGCCAGCAGCAGCAAUACCAGCAGCAGGUCUACUAAUCAGGAGAAAUCUCUCUGGGUUAGUGCUAUUUCUGACGGUGCUCGGGGAGGUGGCAGUCAAUCUUCCACACCAUCUUUUGACUCUUCAACACCUUUGCCUUAUUAUGCCAAUGCAUCGACAAAGACAUCAUCACAUUCCAGCAGUGCUAGUGGUGUGACUGGUGUGAGCGGUGGGAGUGGCCGACAUGCCGCUGCUGCAUCACACAGUAACACCAAUGCUGGCGGCCGAUCGCCAAGACCAGCUGCUAGCACUGGGAGCGCUGGUAAGCACGGAGUAGCGCACAAAAAGCCGCACAAGCAAAGCCACUUGGCAUCUGCCAAUGCUUCAAGCUAUCCAGCCGGUACGACUGCUCCUGCACAUCAUCAUCAUCAUCAUCAUGCAAGUGGCGGCGGCUAUCAAGCACAUCCUCUGUCAUAUAUGCCUAGCACAGGCGCUUCUGGCACUGGACUUCGACCCGUCAUCAUUGAUGGCAGCAAUAUUGCAAUGAGCCAUGGCAAGCACGAGAUCUUCAGCUGCCGGGGAAUCCUAUUGGCGGUGAAGUUUUUCCAAGAACGAGGUCAUCUCAACAUCAGAGCAAUGAUCCCAACGAGUGUCUUUAGGACUAAUCAUGCCAAGCCAGUUCGUAACAAAGAGAUCUUGGAACACCUGAGGAAGUGCGACCACCUGACGGAAACACCUAGUCGACUGGUCAAUGGACGUCUUAUUGUCCCGUAUGAUGACCGGUUCAUCCUGCAAGUUGCACAAGGUAAUGGAGGUGUUGUCGUAUCUAACGACCAAUACCGGGAUCUUAUUGGAGAAGAACAAUUCCGUGUCAUCAUUGAAACUCGCCUUGUUUCCUUUAUAUUUGUUGAUGACCUAUUCCUACCAGCAAAGGAUCCACUGGGUAGAUCUGGACCUACCCUAGAUGCUAUGCUACAGUUUUGAUAUAUGAACUGCCACUGCCGUCUUCCAUAUGCCGUAACCAUGGUGAUAUGACUUUGCUUGCACACUGUGCUGUGCAAGAGGGUGUAGUCUUAGGUAGCAACUGACUAAUAGCUGAUAACCUUCCUUACACACCAUCCACACACACACACACACACCAUCUACACACACACACACACACACACCAUCUACACACACACACACACCAUCUACACACACACACACACACACGCACACACACACAUACACACACACGCACACGCACACACACACAGAUAAUGUGCUAGGUAUCGGUGGUGGGGUUGACGGUAGCGUACCCAUCAUUCCACUCCCUCCCCAUUUGCGUUUGCUUCACUUGCCAUCGCGGACGCACUUUCUCUAGUUCUGGCAUGAAUACCUGCUCAACAAAUACCUAACAAGUAGUAUGAUCUAUUUGUACGGACAGUAUUCGAUUGUUAACAAGUGCUAAACAUCUUCCCUGCUCCCAUGGGUACCACAUCAUCACAUGGUCACUUAGCAUAUAACAUGAUAUUAGUCGUACCUGAUCAAAUCCACGUAGACGAAUAGUGGUGUUGUUAUACCGGACUACUAGUGUCACUACAACGUAGUAUUAGUAGAUGUAUUGUGCAUUGUACCGUAUGCAUUGGCCGUGACUGCACGUGUACGUGAUGUAGUCAUUGAAUUUGUGUUCAUUGUGUUGGGAGCUGGUACUCCUCCACGUAACAGUAUGCAUACUAACCAUACUUUCUUCUCUUUCUCACUCUCUCUCUCUCUCUCUAUUUUAUCUACUUCACUAGUCCCUUCAGUCCCUUCAGUUUGUACAUCAUCUUUUAGAGAGUAUGUAUGUGUUAUGUGGGAAGCCUUUUUUCCCGUUUUAUUUCCUAGUUCUUACUUUUCAUCGAGCCUUGCCAUGCCUUUGUCUUGUACUGCCCCAUCCAUUGUUUUUACCCAUGCUAGGUUGGCUGCCCACCUAUGUUCAUUGUGCUGGUCAAGCAUAUCUUUCGCUUUCGAGUGUGCCACGCGCAAUUGCAGCUCGCCACAUCAUGUUUUUAGGAAGUUACGUAGACGAGCAGCUUGCUGUGCUCUGUUUUUAUGGCUAGGUUUUAUCAAACAGUCAUAUAAUUUGUACACUAGAGCAAAGUCCUCCGUUCUGUUUCUAAGGGCGUAUCUUCAAAAAUACCACACUGCCUUGUGUAAACGCCUGUCUCAUGUAGAAGUAAUACAGACCCGAUUUCAAGAUCGA